AUGGAAACCGUCCAUAAGGUUGUCGACGCAGCCUCCCAUGCUAUCUGGGGCGAGGCUAAUACCCAAGACCAGCAUAAUCAAUCACUGGAACAGCAUGGCGACGAGCCUCUCUCCGGAAUACAGGGCAAAGGAUCCGCCACAGAUCCUUAUGAUGCUGGAAACCGUGACGAACAGCCUGGCGCUCCCUCAACUAAAGAAAACACCGCCGUCGUAACAGGACCCCCACCAGACGAUCUCCCUUCGGACAUUAUUUCCGCCAAAAAAGGCACCGAUUCCUCCAUGACAGAACUAUCGCCUCGUGAUCAGGAGAACCAGGUUCCUUCGGGGAACAGUGGGAAAGAAGACUUCAGCAGCCAGAGCCAGAAUGUGGAGCAGAGGAGUCAGGGUCAAGGUCAGAGCGAGAACACAUCAGAGGGCCAAAGGAGCAAGCAGUCACAGCAGAGCGAACCUAAAGAAGAGUCCAAGGAGGCGUCUUCUAAACAGGAGUCCUCUAAGGAGGAACCUUCGAAGGAAUCCUCCAAGUCCGCUGAUGACUAUGAGCAAAACCCGGAUGUGAAAGUGAGCGAAGAAGCCCUCAGAGGUCCCAAGACACCUGCACCAAGAGAAGCGUUCGAGUUUGAGAAACGCAUGGAUGCCAAGGGGCAACCGCCAAAGCCAGAUGGUGAUGGAGGAGCAGCCAAAGAGCCAAAGCCGUCCCAGCAAGAGCAUCAUCAUGAUGGAUCAGCUACGCACCACAACAAACCGAUUACUUACAUGAAGGACAAGUUGGGAAGAGUUGUCAAGGCUGGUAACCACCUACAUCAUUCCAACAAAUAA